AUGGCCACGAUCACCUUGGAGGAACCCGUCACAAGCAUUACAUCCACUAUUCAAGAACCCGAGAAAGCAACAUACCGUGAUCGGAAUCGCACGUACUUGCCAAAUGGGAAUAGUGAUAAUGAAACGAGCACCGUGCAUUCGCCGGCUUCUUCCAUUAGCACAGCACCCACCGUGAUUGGAAGUGACGAUGUUGAUGGUGGUGAUGGUAAAUCUCUUGUAAUGCUUAUAAACCAUGGAUGCUUGUACUAA